UAGUUUUAGGUCCCACACGCUUUAGCAGUUGAUGUACUGUGUAAAGUCGUAGUAUGGCUAUGAGUUUCUAAGAAACAACCAAAUCUAUGAGUCAUUAUCUUAAAACACAAUAGCUUUACUCAUAAUCCAAUUAUCUUUCAUCAAAUCCAGUGAAACAUCAAUAUGCUUGCUUCAAGAUCUUCUUUUUCUUCUUCUUCUGCUGCUGCUGCUGAUAUGAUCAAAGCAAGGACAUACGAUGUUUUUAUUAGCUUCAGAGGCGAGGAUACUCGUGAUGGUUUCUUAAGUCAUCUGUAUAAAGAUUUGUGUCGAAAGAAUAUCGACACUUUUGUCGACAGCGAGAAGCUUCGAAGAGGAGAUGAAAUUUCAGAGGCACUGUUGACGGCCAUUCAAGGAUCCAGGGUUUCAGUCAUUGUUUUCUCCAAAGACUACGCUUCUUCCAAAUGGUGCUUGGCUGAGCUGGUGAAGAUCAUGGACUGCAACAAAUGGAUUGUUCCUGUAUUUUACGGUGUAGACCCAAGAGAUGUACGGAACCAAAGAGGGAGUUUUGCAGAAGCAUUUGCAAAGCAUGAAGAAAAUUUCAAGCAUGAGCUUGAAAAGGUGAAAACCUGGAGAAGUGCUUUGACUGCUGCUGGCAAAUUAUCCGGUUGGGAUUCACAAGUCACUCGGCCUGACUCAACUCUGGUAGAUAAAAUUGUCGAAGAUAUAGUGAAGAAAUUGAAUUGUGGAACCUCAAGCCCUAAUUUAAAGGGUUUAGUUGGAAUUGAAAGGCGGAUGCAGGAAGUUUUGUCAUUAUUUCAAGACGGAUUCCCAGAUUUUCGAAUGCUAGGCAUUUGGGGUAUGGGAGGUAUAGGCAAAACUACACUUGCCGACGCCAUUUAUCACCAUGUUUCAAAUGGUUUCCAAAGCUGCUGCUUUCUUGCAAACGUGAGAGAACAUGAUGAACAAAGAAAAUUAUUAAAAUUGCGUCAGAAACUUCUUUCAAACAUAUUAGGAGAUGAAAAGUUAGAUAUCUCGACGCUCACAAUUGGAUCAGGCUUUCUUAAGGACAGGCUUUCCAAGAAGAAGGUUCUGAUAGUUUGUGAUGAUGUGUCAACAUUAAGCCAGCUCGAGUUUUUAAUCGGAGGAGUCGAUUGGUUCGGCCCGGGAAGUCGAGUCAUUGUUACAACUAGGGAUAAACAAGUGCUUAUCCAGUUUGACAUUUAUCCAGAUUGCAUUUAUGAAGUGGAGGAAUUAGAUGGAGAUGAAUCUGUUGAGCUCUUUUGUCAACGUGCCUUCAAAAGCAGUCAUCCUAUAGAAUAUCAGUUGGAGCUAUCAAAGAUGAUUUUAAGUGUUGCUAAUGGAAACCCUUUAGCUAUUAGACUCAUCGGAUCCUCUCUUCGUGGCAAGUCCCAAAGCUACCAGGAAAGUGAAGUAAAGAAACUAAAGCAAGUUCCUAAGCAGGACAUUCAGAAUGUGUUAAAAUGGAGUUUUGAUGCACUAGAUUGUGAAGAGAAAGAAAUGUUUCUUGACAUUGCUUGUUUCUUUAAAGGAAAGGAUCGAGACCAUGUAACAAGGUUUAUGGAUGCCUGUUAUGUCUCUGCACAUUCGGGAAUUGAGAACCUCAUUGAUAAAUCUCUUAUAUUUGUUUCAAAAAAUCAUAUAGCAAUGCAUGAUUUAUUGCAACAGAUGGGUUGGAAUACCGUACGCAAUGAAUCACCUUUCAAGCCUAAAAAACGCAGUAGGCUGUGGAUUCCUGAGGACAGCUAUAAUGUGCUAUCAGAAAACAAUGGAACAGAAACGCUCACAGGCAUUGUACUUGAUAUGUCCACACUUCCAAAGUUGGAAUUGGAUCCGGCAGCCUUGAUGAAGAUGCGAAAGCUUAGAUUUCUCAAUUUCUAUAAUUCCUGUGGAAGAAUCUUACUUUUUAAAGGGCUUUUAUCAUUUCCUGAGGAGCUAAGGUACCUUUACUGGGAGGGAUACCCAUUGAGAUCUUUGCCCACCAAGUUUGAUCUAAGGUACCUAGUUGAACUUGACAUGAGUCGGAGCCAUCUCGAACAACUCUGGGAGGGAAAACAGGAUAUAGAUGCAGCUGAGGCCCCUUCAUUGAUGUUGAUGUUCACCAACUGCUUCAAACUGGGUGAGAAAAGUAUGGGGAAAGAUAUAGAUGUAGGUGACAGCACUUCAGUAGAGGAAGUCUCAAGCAUUGAGAAGGUUUUGAAGCAAGCAGCGUUUUGUAAAUCCUUGGGUUGGCUAUUUACGAACUGCUUCCUACUGGAUCAGAAAGCUGCAAGCGGUCCUGAAACACCAAAGUUGGAGAUGCCAUUUGAGCAUAUGGUCACUGUACUAAAAGAUUAUCAUCAGGGACCCCCAGAAAGCAAAAGAAGAAUUAAGAUUCUUACAUGCGUCCCUGGAAGUGAAAUUCCGGAAUGGUUUGAUUUCAAAAGCUUAGGAUCUUCCAUAAACAUCCAAUUGCCUUCAGAGUGGUGGUCUAAUAAUUUCGUUGCUUCCGUUGUUGUUUCAUUCCCUGACUCUUCUUUUAUUGACAUUGGAUGUGAAUGUCAUCUAAAAUCCUGUAAUGGCGACAAUCAUGUCCUUAGCUGUUCUUUCUCCUCUUUCUCCUUGAAUUUUGAAAACCAAUUGUCAGAUCACUUGUUCCUCUUAUAUGGUGGUGAAGUUUGGGAGUUUGCUAAAAGUAAGGCAUCAAACAAGCGUUUUUACAAUCAAGCUUCCUUUAAUUUCUACCUUCGUUGGAUUGGUUCCUCAGAAUACGAGGCAUCAAACAAGCGUAUGUAUAAUGGGGCCUGGUUUAAAUUCUACCCUCUAGUUUUCAAUGGGGAUUGGUCUCAGAGCGUUUGUUGUGAGGUAAAGCAUUACGGAGUUCAUAUAUCAUUUGCAGAGGAGGAGGCAGAGGUGCAACCAUAUAAAAGAUUCAAGUAUCAAAGCUGAAUCCUGCUUCUAGCUCAGAUUGUUAUUUGGCUUAAUGGACUCUUUAUCAUAUUUAAACUUUUUUUAUUUUUUGAUAACAUAAAUUUUUUAUUUUUAAGAUUUAAUUGUUAUUUGAAUUUGGAUUCCAUCUCAUAUUAGUUAACUUUAUUUUAUCUAAA